CUUGAUCUAGCUUCAUUCUCCCCCAGCUCCAUCCAAAAAGUCAGCAUUAUGGCCACCGCCGGGACGAAGCCGUCCACCAUGCGUGCCGUCCAGUACACCGGCUACGGUGGCGGCGCCGCGGCACUCAAGAAAUCUGGUGGCCUUGCUGAGUACGUUGCGGCAUCCGAGAGCAUCACCAUCGCCCGCCCUGCCGGAAUAUCCGCUGCUGAUGCCGCAGGGCUGCCCCUCGCCGGCUUCACUGCUCUGCAGGCCCUGAGGGCCAUUGGGACCAAGUUUGACGCCACGGGCAGCGGCAGCAACAUCCUGAUCACCGCGGGAUCAGGCGGCAUCGGCACUUACGCUGUUCAGCUCGCCAAGCUCGGAAACCACAACGUCACCGCCACCUGCGGUGCACGCAACCUGGAGGUCAUCGCGAACAUCGGCGCCGAUGAGCUGCUUGACUAUAAGAUCCCCGAAGGUGCGGCACUGAAAAAUUCUUCGGGCAAGAAGUAUGACUACAUUGUGAACAUCACGAGCAAUGGCAAGUGGUCGACCUUCAAGCCGGCCCUCAACUGCCCUGGCAGAGUUGUCGACAUAGCUUCCAACUUUUGGAACUUCGUAGCAUCAAUCCUGACAUUUUUCUCCAAGAAGAAGCUAUCCAUUAUGAUCGCAUCCAUGGAGAAGGAGGACCUGAGGUUCCUGCUUGACCUGAUGAAGGAAGGGAAGCUCAAGACGGUCGUCGACUCACGGCACCCUUUUGAGAAGGUAGCCGAUGCGUGGGAGAAGAGCAUGAGCGGGCACGCCACGGGAAAGGUCAUAGUUGAGAUGUGAACUUCAUGCAUAUGCACCUUUAUUGUAAACUAGAGUAGUAGCAUGUGUGCAUGGAGCAAACAACACUUUAAUCAUCUACUCCCUCCGUUUCUAAAUAUAAGCCUUUUUUGAAAUUUCAAUAUAAACUACGUACGGAUGUAUAUAUACAUAUUUUAGAGUGUAGAUUCACUCAUUUUGCUCCGUAUGUAGUCCAUAGUGGAAUCUCUAAAAAGACAUAAAUUUAGGAACGGAGGGAGUAUUACUUUAUCUUGUAUAAGUUCAUAUGGUGUAAGAGUACAGUCUUGUA